AUGGCUUCUCCCUUAAAGCAAAAGCGGAAACAAUGGAGUGAGAAAGAUAUGGAAAACGCCAUUGGAUCAGUAAGAAACCAAAAUAUGGGUUAUUUGGCCGCAGCAAGAGCAUAUAAAGUUCCACGCUCAACACUUUUUUGCCUCUGUAAUACUGAAGGGCCUCCAGCAACUGUUAGUAAAACGAAGUUGGGUAAAAGACCAAUUUUGUCAGCGGAGUUAGAAGAGGAACUAAUACGAUAUUUACUUAUAAUGGAUCAGAAGUUUUUUGGUCUGACAAGAAGGGAUGUUCGAUCCUUAGCAUUCCAACUUGCUAAACGUAACAAUAUACCACAUCCAUUCUCUCUUUUACGUGAAUCUGCGGGAAAAGAUUGGUUUCCAUCAUUCAUGCACAGGCAUAAGAAUACACUAAGUUUACGAAAGCCCACUGGAACUUCCCUAGCAAGAGCCGUUGGUUUUAAUAAGGAAAAUGUUACCGAGUUUUUCGACUUAUUAGAGAAGACUAUGGCGGAGCGAAAUUAUGGACCUCACCAAAUAUAUAACGUAGAUGAGUCGGGGUUGUCCAUUGUGCAAUCAAGAUGUCCAGAAGUGGUAUCGCUUAGAGGCAAACGACAAGUUGGUGCUAUCACAUCUGCAGAAAGAGGUUCACUUAUAACCAUCGUAAUGUGUAUGAGUGCGGCAGGUGAUUUUGUGCCACCGAUGAUCAUCUUUCCACGCAAGAAAGCCAGUGACCAGCUAAAAAAGGGGGCACCUCCAGGAUCGAUGUUUGCUUUUCAUCCAUCCGGGUGGAUUCAAACAGACUUAUUCACAAAAUGGUUUGACCAUUUCCUAUAA